AUGACUACCGCCACUUCGUUCGAGAAAUGUAGUGAUCUCUCACUUCCAAAGUUUGACAAGUUCAAAACGCUUCGAACAAAUGGGGAUGUGGUGAUGAACCAUAUCUUGACAUCAGAUACUUCACCCAUCAGCUUCUGCAACUUCAGCGUUGCCCUUACGCACCCUGGAGACAACGACCUCGUGAAUGUCGAAAUCUGGCUACCACUUGAUACCUGGAACGGCCGAUUUCUCGCAACCGGCGGAGGAGGUUACGUAGCCGGCUACGAAUCCAACCUAAUAGAGCCGACUCAGAUGGGCUACGCGACAUCAUCCACCGACGCCGGCCUAAGCAAGGGGGGCAAAAUCAAUCCCUCAUCAGGAGAAUGGGCUCUCUUGGAACCAGGAAAGAUCAACUGGGGCCUCGUGACGAAUUUCGCCCACCGCUCCAUCCACGACAUGACUGUUAUUGCCAAAACCGCUAUCCGAGAAUUCUACGACACUGAUCCCAAGUACUCGUACUAUUCCGGCUGUUCGACCGGUGGGAGGAUGGGAUAUUUCUCCGCUGAGCGGUAUCCUGAUGAUUUCGAUGGGAUCAUGGCCAAUGCGCCGGCUCUGCACAGCGCAAACCUGUCCGUGGGCAUGGAAUGGCCGACGGCAGUUAUGCAUGACAGUGUCGCCGUGCCGCAAUGCGUUUUUGAAACCUACCAGAAGGCCUAUAUAGCAGCAUGCGAUGCCCUUGACGGUGCUGCGGACGGACUGAUAUCUGAUCCGCAAAAGUGUCACUUCGACACAGGUGACUUAGCCAGUGAUACGGUCAUUUGCUCGGACGGUACCUUCACAAUAACAACAGCGCAUGCAGAUGCAGUAUCAAAGAUAACGCAAGGCCCACGAUCCGCAGACGGGAAAAUCUCAUGGCAUGGAAUCGCGCCAGGGACCUCCUUCAGCGGAAUCGCUGUCACGAACACCACCAACAAUAAAACAUCCGUGAUCCCAGCCCGGCUCGGCAUUCCAUGGAUGAAAUACUUCCUGACCAAAGACCCGAACUACUUCUUAGAGAACUUCACCAUUGCCGAUUUCGAGCACAUGUAUUUCAGAUCUGUCGCCGAAUUCACCACUAUAUUGGGCUCUGACAAUCCAGAUCUCACGGAGUUCAGACGUGCGAACAGCAAGCUCCUCUCCUGGCACGGCCUCUCAGACCGACUUAUCAAUUACCAAGGAACGACUUGGUAUCGGGACACGAUACAGGAGAAUAUGGGCCUUGAUCCUGGACAGGUUGACGAUUUUUACCGUCUGUUCCUUGCACCCGGCGUGGAUCAUUGUGCAGAUGGUUAUGGGCCGGUGCCUGUGGAGCCUUUCAAGACACUUGUUAACUGGGUAGAGAAUGGAAAAGCACCGGAUAUGUUAUUCGCAAGUAUGGUCGAUGAUACCAAUACGACUGUUACUCGCAAUCUAUGUCGAUAUCCGGAGCAAUUGGUCUAUGUUGGCGGGGACGUUAGGAAUGCGCAUAGUUUUGUGUGUGAAUGA